CGCGCGCGAGCCCCGGAGUGGCGAGCGUGCCCCGCGGAUAUCAUGGUGAGUAUCGUGAUGGGUGAGGGCGACGAGAGGUCCGCUCUGCUUCCCGAGACGACCGGCGAGUCGGCUCGCGCGUCGGCUCAUCAAGGGGGUGUGGGUGUUGGGAAUGGGUUCAACCGCUGGGCGAGCGGCAAGCGCGUCGCGAUGAUCGCGGUCGGGGCGGUCCUCGGCGUCUGCGGCCUCGUCGGUGGAUACAUGCACUCCAUGAUGCCCGGCGUCGCGCCCAAGGAGGGUGACCCGGAUUUCCGCAGGCUUCCGCCGGUCGACUUCGACGACAAGACGCUGCUCAUCGUGGUCGGGCUCCCAUUCUCGGGGACGUCCGCGCUGGAGGGCCUGUUGGGCACGUCCGGGGUCAUCGCGGACCUGUGCAAGGCGGACACGUGGCAGUGCGAGAACACGGAGCUGCUCCAAAAUCUGGGAUUCAAGAGCAAAGACGCCGACUGCGACUGCUGUGAGGACGAGUACACCAGCAUGAGCGACGUCACCGCCGCCGAGUACGCCUACGCGUACAGAGAUUUCGCCAACAAGUGGUGGGACAUGUCCAAGCCCGUGCUCAUGGACAAGACCCCGAACAUGCUCUGCAGGCACCGGUUCGUGCGCGACGCCGCCGCCGCGCUCGGUAUCCCCGUCAAGUUCGUCGUCCUGACCCACCAUCCGUUCAGCUGGAACAGCGAGUCGCACCCUUUCAACGAGGAGUACUACGCCGAGAAUCUGGCAUACACGGUGGACAUCCUCGCGGACCCGUCGGUGGAUUCUCUCCAGGUGCGUUACGAGGACAUGGCGUGGAACAUGGACUCCGUCAUCGAAUCCGUCAAGGCGUUCGUGCCCGCGGUGAAAAACUUGGACCCGUGGCAUUCCAGCCUGAGCGACGACAGCAAGGGCGACCGCGGCAUGGGCGUGUCCGAGUACUUCCAGCAGGAGCCGCUGGAGUGGAUCGUGAAGGACUUGGAGCCGAGCACGUACGCCAUGCUGUGCCAGCUCGGGUACAACGAGGACGGGGAGUGCGCGGCGUCGGCGGGCGCGAACGAGAGCCCCAGCGGGUACGUGGAGACGGACGAGUACGAUCGUUAGGGGAGGGGAGAGAGGAAGAGGACGGGUGCGCGGUCACCGGGUGUCGCCGACGACUAACUCAUCCAUUUUGGAAACCAUUUUGAAACUGUAUUUAUAGUCAGUUUUUAUUAUUCGUUC